GAGGUUACAGCUCUGUGCUUCAGACUGUUGAUGGAUGUGUUGCUGCUACUUGCUGUACAAGUUCAGAACUGCAAUGCUAAGAAAGCUGAUGCAGCUUUUCCUCAUAUUGCUCCCAACAAACUGCAGUUCUUUGAAUAUGAGUCCAUCUCUAUAGAUUGUGGGGAGUUGGAUUACUCAUCUGAAUGGAGAGUGAUGAGGAAGCUGAAAGAAGUUCCAACAAAUACCCAAUGGGAAACCUCAACAGGAACCACUACCAUUAAACCUGCCUUUACAUCAGACAGUGGAGAAUACUGGUGUGAAAACAAAGAGGGAGAAAGAAGCAACAGCGUCAACAUUACCAUCACUGCUAGUGAUGUGAUCCUGCUAAGUCCUACGGUUCCUGUGAUUGAGGGAGAAAGUGUGAGUCUGUCAUGCAGAAACAAGAUGGCUGUCUCCAACCUCCCAGCUGAUUUCUAUAAAGAUGGCCUCCUCCGUUCAACUGGAUAUAAAGGAGACUUCAACAUCUACAGUGUUUCCAAGUCUGAUGAAGGACUCUACAAGUGCAGCAUCUCUGGAGUUGGAGAAUCACCAGAGAGCUGGCUGGCUGUCAGAGGUGGUUCUGUGGUGUUGGAGACCCCGGUCCUUCCUGUGAUGGAGGGAGAUGCUGUGACUUUUCACUGCAAGAAUAGCAUAGCUUCUUCCAACAUCUUAGCAUCCUUCUAUAAAGAUGGCUUCCUCAUAAAGAACAUCUCUACAGGAAACAUGACCAUCCAUUGUGCAUCCGGGUCUGAUGAGGGACUUUACAAGUGUAACACCUCUAGAGCUGGAGAAUCACCAGAGAGCUGGCUGGCUGUCAGAGCACUUCACAGAGAGACUCAUCCCUCUCCACAUUGCUCCUAUCAUAUUUACCUCAUCUUAAGGACUGUUUUCACCAUUUUAAUGGUGGCUCUGCUGCUUCUGCUGGUGGGACUGCUGCACUCUGGGAAACUCAGAGUCACACAAAAGCAAUAGAUUCCCUCUAACUGUAAAUGUGAAGGUAACUGCCAGACGGAACAAACAAAGAGUAAACAACAGAGAACACUGAGUACAGAGUUUAAUGAAUGUUUAACAAAUUAUGUGCUUUUUUUUGGCUGUUUGUUUCUGCACAGUUUAGCUGCAAAAGUUUAAUACAGCUUUGAGCAACACAAACAACUGUGGCAGCCUUCAUUAGAUGGACUAGAAAAGGUUUCACAGUUCUGUUACCACUUGGUGUGGUUAUCAGACUGUCAAAAGCAGAAAACGUUCAUACAGUAACCACAGAUGAACGCUUGACUAUUUUCAAAAGGUUUACUUUAUAUCUUGUUCUAUGUUUAAUUUUGGACAUUACUGAUGCUGGUGAUAAUUUAAGCUUCUUAGACACACACCAUACAAAAGAUUGAAAGCUAGUAGAAAGCUGCGUAUCGCUAUAAAAUGUAAGCUCCACAUAGGGGGAAGGUCAAGUGGAUGUUUGGGUAAUAAAAAACAGGGCUAAAUGUAAUUGUAAAGACAGCUAAAACUUAACUGCCAUGUGACCGGUUGUCACAUGAGCAUACAGUGGUCGCUUUAAUUUCAUAUAAUGUCAAACAAAUUGUAAGUAAGUAAAGUUUAUUUCUAUAGCACAUUUAAAAACAGCUCGCGCUGACCAAAGUGCUGUACAUAGCGCAUUAGCCACAAUCUAUCAAAUUUCAUGAAUUGUGGGCAUUUUGCUGGGUUGCCCUUUUCCUCUGGUAACAUUUUCAUCACAGUUCAGCUGAGUCCAGCAAACACCAUCAUCCUCCAGGAUGAAUUGAUUAAUUUUGCAACAUUU